AUGUUUCAACUACUAGAGUUUAUACUAAAUAUUUUUACAUUUUUCAUUCCUUUAAUAUUGACUAUCAAGAUAUUAGAUCAAUCAAUAACAUUCAAAUAUUCAUGUUAUCAAUUUGUAAUUAAUUAUUGGCUAUAUUAUAUUGUGCUACAAUAUCUACAAUAUAACAUAUUCAUGGAUAAUUUACUAUUCCUUUAUGUUAGUAAAUUUAUCAAGUUUUGGUUAUUCUAUGGUAAAUCCAAUAAUUUGAAACUAAGUAACCAUUUCUUAUUACUUAGAUUUCUUAAUUUGAAUCUGGUUCAAUUAUUUGAAGUUAAUUAUCUUAAUCCUUUAAUUAAUAAAAUUAAUCCAGGUUUUAAAGAAAUCAAUUAUCAAAUCUAUUUAUCUGGUAAAAUAUAUCUAUUGCCUAUUAAUUAUAAUCAACCACUGUUUAGAUUUUUGAAUAAUUUUAUUGCCAUGUUUCAAUUACCAACGAAUCCCCUGAUUUCAUCUAAAUCUAAAUCAAAAUCAAGACAAACUUCAUCAUCAACAACAACGAGUACUACUUCAAAACUUGUUAAAAAAUUGAGAAAACCAAAAAGAGUUAAUUCAGGUGAUUCUUCUCAUUCAGAAACAAGGUCAAGAUCAGCUUCAAGAUCUAGAUCAAGAAGUUCUUCAACUAGUACAAAUAUUCAACAACCUAAUAUAUCAUCAAAUCAAACUUCACCUACUUUAAGUCCAAUUGAUUAUCAAAUAAUAUCUGAUCAAUUACCUUCUGCACAACCAAAUCUAUUAUCAAUUCCAAAAUAUAAAAGAACAAUAUCUCCUCCUCCAUAUGAAGAAAUUAUUCAAAACUCACAAUUAAUUAAUAAUUAUAAUAAUAAUUCACCAGAGAUUAGUUUAUCCGAUAAUAAUAAUUCAAGACAUAGUUCAAGAAGUGUUUCAAGAAAAAGUUCAUUUUCUAGUUCAAGAUCAAGACCAGUUUCUAUUAAUGGUAGUUCAUCUGGUAAUAAUUCUAGUAACAGUAAUAACAAUAAUAAUGUAAUAAAUCUUGAAAGUAUUGAUUCUACAAUAAUGACGAAUAAUAAUAGUUCAACAAGUAUUGGAAGUGGUAAUAGUAAUAGUUUCACAGAUAUUAGAAUUGGAAGUGAAUCUAUGAAUAGAAUUCAAGAACAAUUAAAUAAUACAAGAAGUAAUAUCAACAAUGAUUUACCACCUUUACCUACACCAAGAAUGAUGAAUAGAUAG